CCUAAAUGUGUGUGUAGCAGCGACAUCGCUCGCUAUCGGCAUCCGUGAUGCGGACUUAGAUGUGUUCAGAGUCCGUCCGCAUCGCGUGCGUCCUCUUGUUUGUGGCUGCAUCCAGGACUAGCAGCUGCCAAAAAGUGCAAGUUCGCGAGACCUUCUCCGUGGGGAUCCAUUAUUCAACUUGCGCUCUUCAGCUUCAGGUUAAGUCCUCCAAGUAACUGGGCUACAGUGUCCGAGCAGAUCACCCAUGCUUCCUACGUCUCUGCGCUCGUUAUUACAGUCGGUGUAAGCUAUUCACCUCGGAACCUUGACACCAUGGAUGACUCGUAGACACGCUAAGCUUGCUUCACACCGACCGUGAUGCUGCACCCGGACACGUAUCUGAACAAGAUUCUGGUGGGGUCGGAGCAAGGAGCACUGCAGUUGUGGAAUAUCCGCAAGAUAAAGUGCAUUUACGAGUUCAAAGGAUGGGGGAGCGCUGUCAACGCAAUGGAACAGAGUCCCGCAGUGGACGUCGUGAGUAUCGGACUGGCCGAUGGAAGACUCAUGGUGCACCACUUGCAGCUAGACCAACAGGUGCUGGACUUUAAGCAGGACCAAAAGAGCGGGAUCACAGCCAUGUCGUUCCGUACGGAUGCAGGCGCUUCGACGACUCCCUUGGUGGUGUCGGGGUCGCGAUCCGGUGACAUUGCAGUGUGGAACCUGCAGACUAAACGUCUCGAGUCGGUGAUCCCAGGUGCACACGAUGGUGCGGUAGUCUCGCUGCAGUUCUUGGCGAACGAGCCGUUGUUGCUGUCUUCGGGUACAGAUAACUCCAUCAAGAUGUGGAUUUUCGACCACCUGAACGGCGGCACGGCUCGCCUGCUCAAGUCUCGUGAGGGUCACCGAGCCCCGCCGACGCGUAUUCGUUACUAUGGCAAUAAUACUCUCGCUACGAUGGCGGACGGUGCGGACGGCACGUGCUGUCAGAUCCUGUCGGCCGGUCAGGAUCGCGCCUUCCGUGUGUUCCACACGGCUCGGGAACAGCAGAGCAGAGAGCUUUCCCAAGGUCCAGUACUCAAGAAAGCUCGCAGUUUGAAUGUGCGGUUGGAGGACCUGAAGCUGCCGCCCAUUGUGCAGUUCGCGGCGAUGGAGACGCGUGCUCGCGACUGGGCGAACGUGGUGACGUGCCACGAGAACGAGAUCGCGGCGUAUGUGUGGCGCUUUGAACACCGAGCUAUUGGCAAGAAGGUGCUACGUCAGUUCGACCCGAGCAACCGCGUCCCAUCUGGUAGCGUGGAGGACUUACGUCGUAAGAAGACACAAGCUACAAGUGUCGCUAUCAGCUCCUGUGGCAACUACGCACUAGUGGGAGGUCUGGGUGGUUCAGUCUUCCGAUACAACAUGCAGUCUGGUGAGAAGCGUGGCUCGUACCCUGUAGCAGCGACACCGAAGGCGAAGAUCAUUCGCUCACUGAUACUGCCUGGCUCGGAUCUGUCAGCUCUGCAGAACGAUGAGGCUGAUAAGACUGCUGCGGAUGCUCACGAUGGACCGGUCAGUGCGGUGGCUGUUGACGCGCUGAACGAGACGCUGGUGUCAGCGGGUAUCGACGGCAAGCUCAAGUUCUGGGGCUUCAAGAAGCACGAGCUGCGCUUUGAGAUGGACGUUGGCUCUCCGAUCAGUCAGAUGGAGCUGCAUCGCGACAGUAAUUUGCUCUGCGUGGCGUGCGAUGACCAGGUGCUGCGUCUGUAUGACGUGACGACCCACAAACUUGUACGUCGCUUUGCCGGCCACUCGCACCGUGUCACGGACAUGACGUUCAGCUCGGAUGCGCGGUGGCUCUUCUCGUCUUCAGCUGAUGCCUCGUUGCGUGUGUGGGACAUCCCGACGGGCAAGUGCGUGGACUGGAUGCGUUUCCAGAAGCCUGUGACGGGUCUGGCUGUGUCCCCGACGGGCGAGUUCCUCGCUACUACACACGUGAGCCACGUCGGUAUCUUCUUGUGGGCGAACCGAAGCUUCUUCACCGAGGUCUUCCUGGACUCGGAGCCUACGGAACCCAUCCUCAUGGACAUGCCUGUGUCUCUCAACGAAGUGGAUAACAGCGACCAGCUCGGAUUUGGCACCGAACGUAACCCACAACUGUCCGUGUCAAGUGUUAUUGAGCAGCCUAAGAGUGUCAAGGUGGAGGAAAGUGAGGAGAGCUCGGACCCACUGGACGCGUCGUUGAUUACUCUGUCGACGGCCCCACGUGCGUUCUGGCAGUCUUUGUUCAAUUUGGAGCUGAUCAAAAAGCGUAACAAGCCUAUUGAGCCUCCGAAGGCCCCCGAACAAGCCCCGUUCUUCCUCCAGACAGUACGUAAAGACGAUGUCCACCCGACUUUCGUUCCAGUGGCAUCCGAAGCGAAGAAAGAAACUGAGAAGAAGGACGAGGAGGACGUUGCGAUGGACGGCUGGGGUGCUGGUGAUGAUGAUGAGGCCUGGGGUGACGAUGACGGUGAAGAGCCGGAAGAUGAAGUGGCUGCUCCUAGCUCCCGUAUCGUCAAGACGGAGGGCAUGGUGACUACCCGCUGUAAGCUAGCAACGCUGUUGGCUAAGGCUGUACAGGAGGAGGAAGACGAGGACCACACAGUCUCGCGCUUCAAUGAGGUGGCCAAGUACAUGCAGUCGCUGUCUGCGUCGGCUGUGGACGUCGAGAUGAGCACUCUGUGCAUGGGAGACUUUGACGAGGAGGGGAAGAAGCUGCUCGGUUGGUUCCUGGAUUUCUUACGUGAGGAGAUGCAGACACGUCGUAACUUUCAGGUGCUCCAGGCAUACCUGAACCGGUUUCUGAAGCUGCACGAAGAGCUGUUGGUCGCGGACUCGACAUUGCUGGCGCGGGUGGACGAACUGGGAGCCGUGCAGCAGCAGCAGUGGCAACACUUGCAGAAGUUGCUGCACAACAAUUUGUGUCUGGUGCAGUAUCUCAGUAAGAUCCAGAUGUAG